AUGGCUGAUUCCAGAAUUGGGGGUGGAAAAACACAAGAUGGACUUAGAACAUCUUAUUGUGCCAAAAAACCAGCAAGACACUUGAAGAAUGCUGGAGACAGUUCAGUUGCUGAGAAAGCAGAUGUUGGUUCAUUUGUGAGAACCACGGAUGUUGAAAUUGGAGAAAGGUGUCACUGUGAAGCGAACUUGUAUACAUGCGAGCCACGCGGAAGUACUUUUAAUUCUCCCAACAAUAUUCAAGCAGAUGAGGUUGUUCACUGCAGAGAACAAGCCCAUGGGCACAAACACUGUAGGAAGUCCUUCGCGGAUGGUGCGUUGGGUAACCGUGAGCCAAGUCACACUGAGAAGGACCCCCACAUUAGUAAGCAGUGUGGGAAAGCUUUCACCAGAAAAUACACUUGGCAAAUUCAUGACCAGGCCCACACUGGGGAAAAGCCCUACGUGUGUACUCAGUGUGGGAAAGAGUUCAGCAGAAGAGAAUCCUGGAGACGGCAUAAGUGGACUCAUGGUGUGGAGAAGCCCUACGUGUGUACACAGUGUGGCAAGGCUUUUGUCACGCCAUAUUUUCUUAGAGAGCAUGAAAGGAUGCACAACAGAGAGAAGCUGUACGCGUGUAAGCAUUGUGGCAGGGCUUUCAGCAAGCGAGUGAACGCAUGCAUACACGAGCGGAUUCACACCGGGGAGAAACCCUACACGUGUCGGUAUUGCGGGAAGGCUUUCAACAGACACUUUAGCUGUCGCAUACAUGAAAGGGUCCACACUGGGGAGAAACCUUAUGCAUGUAAGCAGUGUGGCAAAGCUUUUGUCACACGAGGUAAUUGCCAGAAGCAUGAACAGACUCACAGUGGAGAGAAGCCCUACGUGUGUCAGCAGUGUGGCAAAGCCUUCCGCGUGCGUCGUACUUGUCAGGCUCAUGAGCGGGCUCACACUGGGGAGAAGCCCUAUGUGUGUCAGCACUGUGGCAAAGCAUUUGCCAGCAAGUGCGGUUGGCAGAUACAUGAGCGAACUCACACUGGCGAGAAGCCCUACGUGUGUAAACACUGUGGGAAAGCCUUUUUCUCAAGCAGUUAUUGUGGAAGACAUGCACAGACUCACACGGUAGAGAAGCCGUUUCUAUGUAAGCAGUGCGGGAAGGCCUACAGAACACGUUACCGUUUCCAGCUGCACCAGCGUGUUCACACCGGGGAGCCACCGUACACGUGUGCGCAGUGUGGGAAGGCUUUCACGAGCAAAGAAGGCUGGCAAGACCACGAAAGGGCGCACUCUGGGGAGAAACCCUACGCAUGUAAGCACUGUGGCAAAGCCUUCGUAACACAUCAUAGGUGUCAGAUGCAUGAAGUAAUUCACACUGGGGAGAGACCAUAUUCGUGUAAGCUAUGUGGAAAAUCUUUCCUAACAUUUCAUAAUUUGCAAAAACAUGGAAGAACUCACACUGGGGAGAAGCCCUACGUAUGUACACACUGUGGGAAAGCUUUUAGUAGCAAAGAAGGUCAGCACAUACAUGAAAGGAAUCACACCGGGGAAAAGCCAUUUGCUUGUAAGCAGUGCGGGCGACCUUUCAACGCACAUAGUUCUUGUCAGAGGCACGAAGAGACUCACAGUCAGGACAAGGCCUACGCGUGCAAGCACUGUGGAAAAGCUUUUCGAACGUAUCUUGGGUGUCGAGCACAUGAAAAGACUCACACUAGGAAGAAAAGCUAUGUGUGCACACAGUGCGGGAAAGCUUUAAGCAGCAGAUCCAGCUGGCAUGUGCACAAAAGGACUCACACCGGGGAGAAACCCUACCCGUGCCUGCAGUGCGGGAAGGCAUUCAGCACGCGCUGCGCUUCGCGGGUGCACACUCGGACGCACACCGGGGAGAAACCCUACCCGUGCCCACAGUGCGGCAAGGCGUUCAGCAGCAAGGGGAACAUGCAGGUGCACAUGCGGGUCCACACCGGGGAGAAGCCCUACACAUGUGAGCAGUGUGGCAGGGCGUUCAGCACACGCAAUAAGUGUCAGAUGCACGAGCAGACUCACACCGGGGAGAAGCCCUAUGCGUGUGAGCAGUGUGGCAGGGCAUUCAGCACACGUCGUGCCUAUCACAAGCAUGGACAGACUCAUGCAGUGGAGAAACCACGAGUGUGGCAGGGUGGGGAGACGGCACAGGGCUCAAAGGACGUGAAAGAAGUCACGCCGGCCAUGCUGAAACAGACUUCGGCCGCUUGUGCCGAGGGACUGUGUGCCUUUCCCCGUAAGGGGAUACUUAAGCCUUGGAGAGGUGGUGGGUGUAUUGUUCACGUUGGUGCCUCGGUGUCGGAGACGUGUCAUCUUUCCUGUGAUGGUUGA